AUGGUACAAUACGUCUUUACACCAUGGCGCGACCGUUACGAACUCUUGCUCGUUCGCGAGCAGAUGUACACAGGCAUCGACACCAACGCUAUAGAGGCAAAGGAGCAUUCAAGCCAUUCUGAAGGCAGUGCAAACAUACAAAACCAACAGAUUCUGGACGACCAGGAAACACAAAAGAGGCAGCACAAAGCAGUUGCGCGUGUGUCGAUGUGGAUGCAGCGAGGAAACUGUCCUCACAUGGUCGAGUCAACAGCACUGUUGAUGGCGGCGACGUUGAGUGAUAAGGAGGCAGCCGCUGGGGAAAAUGCAGCCUCAUCGGCGUAUGCAAUCAGAGCAGCAUACUCCGCUGCCUUUAGCAGGUUCGUGACUGGUCUUCUUGAUGGCCAUCAGGACAAACAGCGCAAACAGAGCAUGUACUCUAUUGCAAAGACCAUUGGAUUGCCCGCUACAUUUGUUGAGCUUCGCCAUCAGUCUACGCACGAACAGCUGCCCUCAUUGGCAAAGCUGCGCACAGCAGCUAAGAAGGCCUUAUUGUGGAUUUGGGAGUAUUACUGGAAGCAGCUGGGCGAGGACAAUAGCGACGCGUGUCGCAAGGCAGUACUACGGUAUCUAAGGGAGGGAGAUGAAUCGAAGCUGGUAGCCCUGUUCCAGGAGUUCGAGCGGUGGCGUCCAGAGCGCGUUCUCAAGACAGUUGAAGAGGUCAAGGGCAGUUUGCCGGGCAAUCAAGCAUUUUUGAAGUGCGUAGAACUGAUGCAGAGGCUACGAGAGUCUGAGGAAGAUAAGAAGUCGUCAAAAUCCGGUACCGCCGAUACGACGAUGAAAGAUACAGAGCCUUACACUGGAGAAGCUGAUGAGGAAGAUGACUUUGGAUGGGCACAAUUCAAAGGCACAUGGAAGCCUAAACCCAUUGGGAUUGUUUAG